AUGAAAUUUACUAAUCAGAAUACUUCUGUUGUUAGUGAAAGCUUCCCUUCAAAGCAUCUCCACGCCUCUGAGGAAGCUGCCGCGAGAUGGGUCAAGGCUGUCAAGGCCGAGUACAGCACCAGCGAGGCUGUCAAGUUUGCGGCCGUUGGAUACUGUUGGGGUGCUCGAUUCGUCACUCAUCAACUGUCGGCCGACGGCAUCUGUCAAGCCGGAGCCAUCGCCCACCCAUCUUUUCUGAAGGAAAGCGAUGUAUUCAAGACCAAAGAACCGAUCUUUCUCUCCGUUCCUGCCACAGAUAAGCUCUUCGAACCUGAGCAGCGCAGCAGGACAGUUGAAAUUCUGUCUCAAGGAAACGGAAGAUUCAACAUGCAGAUCUUCUCAAACGUCGGCCACGGUUUUGCAUCUCGAGCACGUCUCACUGAUCCCUACGAGAAGUGGGCUAAGGAGCAACAUUUCAAGAGCUUUGUUGACUGGUUCGACUUUUGGCUUGGAAAGAAGUAUAUGCCCUAUAUAGGAUACUGGUUGGACUAUACUAAGACAUUUGUAGACUCGAAGUGCUAG